UAGAGCGCUGGGCAGGAGAAACCAGUUCAGGGAUUUGAGAUGUGCACUGUCAUGCCUUCUUGAACUCCUGGAGGAUUUGCUGUCCGCUACAGCCGCACCCACUCGUAUCCUUUGGACGGUGGAAACUCGGCUGCUGUUUUGUUUUAGGCGCUAAACAAGGGAGGUGAGAGAGCUGCAGAGAUAAGUGCGCUCUGUUUGCUAGUACAGACCAGUCUGUGUUUUGGCGCCAUCCUUACAUCAUCUCUUUAUUGGGGAGAGAGAGAGCGAGAGGGAGAGAGAGAGCGCGCGCGCGCGAGAGAGAGAGAGACUCCGUGCAGCCGGGCUCCUAUCCGCCAGUCCUCAACUGAGAAGCGAGGCUGACGGACCGACUGGCGUUACAGCCACUCAGCUGUGUGUUCCCUUCUCCCGCUCUCCUGCGCCCACAGCAGCCGUGAAGAUGCGCCGGCACCGUCCUGCCCAGGGACUGACGUUGUUAUUGCCGGUCGUUUUAUGGAUUUUCUGCCAUGUCAGCGGUGUGCACGGAGCUCUACCAACAACCCAAAAGUGUGAUGAGGCUCUUGCCUCUCCUCUGCCUCACACAGCCUUCACCAGCUCGUCUGUCUUCUCCAGUGGAUAUGCACCUGGAUAUGCCAAGCUCAACAGGAGAGGAGGAGCCGGUGGAUGGUCACCUCUAGACAGUGACCAUUACCAGUGGCUACAGGUGGACCUUGGUUCAAGAAAGCAGGUGAGCGCCAUAGCAACACAGGGUCGCUACAGCAGCUCUGAUUGGACGACGCAGUAUCGCCUCCUCUACAGUGACACGGGAAGGAACUGGAAACCUUAUCAUCAAGAUGGCAACAUUUGGGCUUUCUCUGGGAACUCCAACUCAGAGAGUGCAGUUCGCCAUGAGCUCCAGCAGGGAAUCGUGGCUCGCUUCCUUAGGCUGAUCCCGUUAGACUGGAGCGAGGAGGGACGGAUUGGUCUGCGAAUAGAAGUUUACGGAUGCUCCUACUGGGCAGACAUCAUCAAUUUUGAUGGUCAAGGCGUGAUCUCAUAUCGUUUUAAGGUGAAGAAGAUGAAGAUCAUUAAGGACGUGAUCGCACUGAGGUUUAAGACGUCAGAAAGUGAGGGUGUGAUUCUCCAUGGGGAAGGCCAGCAGGGAGACUAUAUCACACUGGAGCUCCGUAAGGCCAAGCUGCUGCUGCAGAUAAACCUGGGCAGUUAUCUGUAUGGCUCUAGCCUGGGUCAUACCUCUGUGACCACGGGGAGCUUAUUGGAUGACAAUCACUGGCACUCAGUAGUGAUUGAACGCUACCGUCGCAAUGUGAACUUCACCUUGGACAGACACACUCAGCACUUCAGGACUAAUGGAGAGUUUGACCACCUCGAUUUGGACUAUGAGUUGAGUUUUGGCGGGAUGCCAUACAGUGGGAAGCCAGUGGGAGGAGGAAGGAAAAACUUUAAAGGCUGCAUGGAGAGCAUCAACUACAAUGGAGACAACAUUACAGACCUGGCCCGCCGAAAGAAGCUCGACACCUCCAGCUUUCGAAACCUGUCCUUCACCUGUGUGGAGACCCACACCUUCCCAGUCUUUUUCAAUGCCACCAGUUUCCUGCAGUUGCCUGGUCGAGCCAAUCAUAACACGGUAUCCGUGGGCUUCCAGUUUCGUACGUGGAACCCUCAUGGCCUCCUCCUCUUUAGCAAUCUUGAUGAUGGCACUCUGGAGAUCUCGCUUGAGGAGGGCAAGGUUGCGGUUCACAUCAAUGUGACGAAAGCGGCCAAAAACUACCGGGUAGAUUUAUCAUCAGGCUCAGGCCUCAAUGAUGGCCAGUGGCAUGCAAUACGUUUGGUUGCCAAGGAGAACUUUGCCAUGUUGACGAUAGACGGCGAGGAGGUGUCUGCUGUGCGCUCCGUCUCACCUCUCAGCAUCACCACGGGAGGAACCUAUCACCUCGGAGGUUAUUUUCUGCAAACACUGUUUCCACCAACCCAGCGUUCGUUUCAAGGCUGCAUGCAAGCAAUCUUGGUUGAUGACCAACCUGCUGAUCUACAUGCUGUGGAGAAAGGCACUGUGGGAGCUUUUGAGAAUGUCAGCCUGGACAUGUGUGCAAUCAUAGACAGAUGUAUGCCCAAUCAUUGUGAGCAUGGUGGUCGGUGUAAACAGACCUGGGACAGCUUCAGCUGUACUUGUGAUGGAACUGGAUACACUGGAGCAACGUGUCAUACUUCGAUCUAUGAGCCUUCGUGUGAGGCCUACAAGCAUUUGGGCAAGUCCUCCGAUGCCUACUGGAUCGACCCCGAUGGCAGCGGACCUCUUGGCCCCUUCAAAGUUAACUGCAACAUGACAGAGGACAAAGUAUGGACCACAGUGAUGAACAACCUGCCUCCCAAAACCAUAGUCACAGGCUCCAGCAGAAACAGACGGACCGUGUUACAGGUCAACUACAGUGCCUCAAUGGACCAGGUGACAGCCAUCACCACCAGUGCAGAAUACUGUGAGCAGCAAAUCGCCUACAGCUGUCGCAUGUCCAGACUCCUCAACACUCCAGACGGGACACCCUACACGUGGUGGGUUGGCCGAGGGAACGAGAAACACUUCUACUGGGGCGGAUCGGGGCCUGGCAUCCAGAAAUGUGCCUGUGGCAUCGACAGGAACUGCACCGACCCCAAGUACGACUGCAACUGUGAUGCUGAUGUCAAACAAUGGAGAGAGGAUUCUGGUCUCCUGGUCUAUCAAGAACACCUGCCAGUCAGCCAGGUCGUGGUGGGCGACACCAACAGGUCAGGCUCUGAGGCCAAGCUAACUGUUGGACCACUCCAUUGUCAAGGAGACAGUAACUACUGGAAUGCGGCAUCGUUCACGACUCCAUCAUCCUACCUGCACUUUGCCACCUUUCAGGGUGAGACCAGCGCUGACAUCUCCUUCUAUUUCAAGACAAGCGCGGCCUAUGGCGUCUUUCUGGAAAACUUGGGCAACACUGACUUCAUUCGCUUGGAGCUCAAAUCUCCUAAGGUGGUCUCCUUCUCCUUCGAUGUCGGAAACGGACCAGUGGAGCUGACCGUGCAUUCAGCUACAUCCCUCAACGACGACCAGUGGCACCGUGUAAUGGCCGAGCGUAACGUGAAAGAGGCUGUCCUUCAGCUGGACCAGACGUACAGGACGUCCAGGCUUGCUCCCGCGCAGGGACACACACGGCUCGAGCUGUUCAGCCAGCUCUAUGUGGGGAAACCAGCUUCGCUCACCUGCCAAGACAGUGCUGCAGGGGGACAGCGGGGGUUCCUGGGCUGUAUCAGAGCCUUACGAAUGAAUGGCAUCACUCUCGAUCUGGAAGAGAGGGCCAAGGUCACACCUGGGGUCAAGCCCGGUUGCCAAGGCCACUGUAACAGUUUUGGGAUGUACUGCCGGAAUGGGGGAAAGUGUGUGGAGAGGUAUAACGGGUACCUGUGUGACUGCACCGCCACCGCCUACGAUGGUCCGUUCUGCACCAGAGAUGUUGGAGGUUUCUUUGAGGCAGGGACGCUGGUAAAGUACAACUUCCUGCCUGAAGCAGUUGCGGGAGCCAGUAAGGACACCAAGGUGUUGACGCACCAGCUCACGCCACAUGAGGUGAAUCUAACAAAGGAGGAUGUGGCCUUUAGUUUCAGCACAUCCAGUGCUCCAGCUGUUCUGAUGUAUGUGAGCUCCAAGACGCAGGACUAUCUUGCCGUGGUGUUAAGACAGAAUGGUUCGCUGCAGGUGCGGUAUAACCUGGGUGGUCUGAGGGAGCCGUUCACCAUAGAUGUGGACCAGCGUAACCUGGCCAAUGGACAGCCACAUAGUAUUAACAUGUCCCGUCACGACAGGAGAAUCACCAUCCAGCUGGAUCAUUAUCCUGCAGUCAGCUACAACCUCCCUGAAGCCUCAGAUACACAGUUCAACCUGGUCAAGACGCUGUUCUUGGGAAAGGUUUAUGAAACUGGACACAUAGACCCAGUCAUCAUCGAGCAUUACAACACCCCGGGUUUCAUUGGCUGCCUGUCGCGGGUGGAGUUCAACGGAAUCGCCCCGCUCAAGUCUGCACUCAGAACAGCCGUAAAGUCUCAGGCAACGCCAACAGAAAAGCAGCCUGCAGCUGCGUCACCUGCAUCUUACCAGGGUAAACUGGUGGAGUCUAAUUGCGGGGCAUCACCUCUCACUAUCCCACCAAUGUCUGCUGCGACAGAUCCCUGGCAUCUGGACAAAACAGAUGCAGUGUUCCCCUUUAAUGAGGAGAGAGUGAUUCCCGAUGGAGUCAACAGGGACUCUGCCAUCAUUGGAGGUAUUAUCGCAGUGGUGAUCUUCACCAUCUUAUGCACUCUGGUGUUCCUGAUCCGCUACAUGUUCCGUCACAAAGGCACUUACCACACCAACGAGGCAAAGGGCAGCGGGGAGUCCGCCGCGGAAUCAGCGGAUACGGCCAUCAUCGGCACCGACAACCCAGAAACCAUUGACGAAUCAAAGAAGGAAUGGUUCAUCUAACAGCCAAUCAGAAAGAACUCUGAGAGAGGGAAAGCAAUGUUUCAGAUCAUCCGAUGCCACAGAGAUAGAGGAGGUUUAAUUCAAGGCCAAUCGCAGAACGGAUGGAGGAUUGACUAUUCAAAAGGACAAUAAUCUCCCAGGGAAGGUUGGAAAAAUGGGAAAGACUGUACAGAAAUCCUUUUGUUUUGUUCUUUUUUUUAUAUAUCCAGAGUAUUAGAAAGAGAAGGAAGGGACACUUAUUCAACUGAGCACAGCUGUAAGAGACUGUACAUGUAUAUACUAACCGGCUUGUCCUUCUUUGUAUCGUGCUUGGGAGUUUUCAGGAGUCCUUUGAAUACUGUAUAUGACAAAUAAUUAUACUUACUGGGUCGUGUGAUAGCAAAGGUUUAUUGCCAGUCCCUGUUGCGUUUUGAUUUUAUAUUUUAACAAAAAUCUUAUAUCAAAAAUGAUCAAAUCGACAUGCCAAACCUCUGUUUUUGUUUUGUUUCUUUUUUCUUCUUCUUUUCAUUUUUUAUUGUUUCAAACUGCAGAUGCACCAGUUUGUCACAUAACUCAUGUCGUGGUAAUAUAGAACUGAAUAUGGAUGCCAAAAGUCACCUUGUAAAUACGAUAUUAUUUUCUCCCGUUUCUCGAAAGAUUUAUUUAGUGUCAGACGCAUAAAGCAAAUUAGAAAUUUCAUAUCUAUAUGAGAGUGGCGCCACACGUCUCGUCUGUCGCAUUAUAAACGUGUAAAAUAUAGAGCUUUACGUUUAAAUCUUAUGACAUUCGAUUGUAAGGGACAUUCCUUUCUGUGGAAGGGCACCGAGGGGUUUCUCAGUGCAUGAUGGGGAAAUCAUGACGCCAUCAUCGCCAUCUUCUUCAUCAUCAUCGUCACGGCAGCUUUCUUUGAAUUUGGAAUGAGUGAAACUGCGAGCCUUUACUCGUGCGGGCUUCACCAUGUUUGUUUGUUUCUUUGCCAAACACUUGAGUCUUAUGUCAGAUUUUCAUGUUCAAUUUGAUAUUUGAGUUGGUUUUUUGUUUUGUUUUGUUUUUAUACAUCUGAAACCAGUGUUGGGCUGUAGUUUUAAAAGCACAUGCAUGCGUCUGUGCGUAUAUGCGUAGGUGAAUUAGGGCAAAACGAGCUUUAGAAGGGGCCGUUUGGGCAUGCGCGAAGACCAGACCAAACGGCUUGACUGAUGCGUACUGAGUUUUUAUCGAUGCACUAAACUCUAGGCAUUAAGUGGGCGAAGCAGCGUGAAAUGAAAAAUCAAUUUAUAUCUGAAAAACACCUGGGACGAAGUUAAGAAGAUAAUUGGCUUAUUAUUCCAGCGUGCCUUCAAGGUGCUGAGCCGUUUGGCCUUGCCUCACACUACUUAUCACAAACCUGCGAGAAAAACGUGACUGCUGCUGCACGAAAUCUGACUUAAUAGUGUUUUCAGGUGUUUUUUAUGUUGUAUUUAAAUGGUGCUGUGUUCACUUACCCAGAAAAACCUUGGUUGGAAAAAAAAACUUGUUUUGAAAUUUGAAAAAAAAAGCCAGACUUUCCAAGUAUUUGUGCAGCAGUAGCAGCUUCAACGCACAAGCUUACACCUCCCCUCACACAUGCACACAACAACAUGCAUGUUUGAUGAAGCAUGAGUCAUUUGCUCGUUUGCAAGAACAACAUGUUUAGGAUGAGGAGGCAGAAACGAGCGCCACCCUGCAGCGUGCAACUGCGGUCCAACAUGCAUUCAAAUCAUGUACAAGAUCUAUUUAUGUUUAUGUUAUUUUUAUGUUUACCUGUUUACCUUACCAUGGCUUCUACAGAACGACGUGUUACAGCUGAAACCUGCUGCCAACUCUAUUUUGUUGUGAAGUUGCUUUAUUUUGUAUGUCUGUUUGAUCAAAUUGCUCCCACGGCGCUCGCACAGUGAAUCACGAAUCGCCUCGUGAUCGAGCGCUUGCUGUAGAUCACUUCAUGUGAGACAUUAGGAGCAGCUGCUGAGCUCAGCUUGCCUUCUACUGAGGCCUCAAACAAGAAUUCAUCUGUUCUUACGUCGCAUCCCGUAGGGCAAACAAGUGACUCUACCGAUGCUUUGUUGUUUUUGGAUUUUGAUUUUCAGACUUUAAAAUGCAUAACUUCACCCUCGAUAUAUGUUUUGAACUUAACCGCGAUGAUAAUUGAUUAUCAGCGCAGACAGGCAAAACCUUAACCCACAUGUUUUGCUUUCAGUUAUCUUGAGUUCAAUAAAGAGUGUUUGAUCUUUA